AACGGUGCAGCAUUCAUACACGUGCCUUAUUCUCCUGCUGCUUCCAACUGCCCCCCCAGCCUCUCUCCGUGGCCACGAUGGGGGCUCUGGGGGUCCCCGUCCCCUUCCUUCUGCUCUGGGCCCCAGGACUGAGUCUUCCCCCGCGCUAUACAGGUGCAUUGUGGGACUAUGGGGACCCCCUCCAGCUCCAGAAAGUUCAUUUUGCACCGAAUCGAUUUGAUCCCAUUAUAGAACGUGACAUCGAUCAUCUCGCCGCCCUAUUGGCCAAACAGGACAGCGGAUCCCCGACUCAGGACGGUAACACUACGCAGUCCCAACCGCUGCAAAAUGGGCCCCCCAGUGGCGCGGCAGGAAGGAGCGGGACCCCAGCCGGGAGUACGGCGAUGCCCCGUAGGGGGGCAACUAAACCCGCAAAUGAUGCCCUGUUGUUAGGGGUGGUGGUUGGAUGCGCUAUCGCAGGCCUGGUGGCACUGGUCGUGGCAGGGAUAUACUGGUGCAGAAUGCACCGGGAGAUGAAACUGGCCCAGAAGGUCGAUUACACCUCAUACAAGUCGUCGCCGCCGCCCCCGUACGAGAAGACGUCACCCGGGGAUAAAAAGCUGGCACAGAGCGCCCAGAUGUAUCACUACCAGCAUCAGAAGCAGCAGAUGAUAUCCAUGGAAAAGAAUAAAGAUGAACCCAAACACCCGGAUUCGGCGCUGACGUCGGAAGAUGAAAACGAGGACGGCGACUUCACGGUGUACGAGUGCCCCGGACUUGCCCCGACUGGCGAGAUGGAAGUGAAGAACCCCCUCUUCGAUGACUCCACCCUCCACCAUCCGACCCACAGCGCCCCCUAGCUGCCGCCGCUGCGCCAUUUUACAGACUUGUAGAAUAAAAACCAAAACGGAAUUCAAAAAUUUGAAAGAAAACUUGGGGUGGGGGGAACCCAGAACCUAUGACCCCGCCCCCCCAAUCACCUUCGACCAAUGAAGACUGUUACGGCGCCGGAUGGAAUUCACAUUGACGGCCUCAGUCUCUCUGUAGGGGGGUCAAAAUGUAAUUUCUGAAAUUUUUUCUUUUAUUUUUGUUUUUUUUUAAACGAAUACGGGGAAAUGACCGCGUUGCCAGAAAUUGGCGUUUAUGUUCUUUUGCCAAAAAGCGGCGACUUUGUGCCGAGAGAUCGGGAGAUUUGUACAAAAGGAAAAUAUAUAUAAAUAUGUGUAUAAAUUUCAUAUCGAUUCCAAACCCUAAUUUAUGGCUUCCUAUUGGUUCCUGAGCUCUCUACCGGGACUUCCUGUUAACCCUUCAUUCUCUUAAUCGAUGUGUGUUUUUUCAGAGCAUCAUGUGAUUCCUGUUGGGGGCGGAGUUUGGAGUAUUAAUGGCGGCGCUUCCUCUCAGUUGUUUCGUAGUCUCCUGUAUGUGCCGCUGCUGCGCCCUGUAUAUAUAUAUAUAUAUAGCGAGGUUUAAUUUACCCUUUAUUCAGCUAUGAAGGCCACGGUUAUGGCGCAUAACGUUUAUCGGUAUAUUUGUACGUAUUUCUACGCGGGGUUCGACGUGUGGAAGAAUGACUGUAGCGCCCCACCGUGGGCACCUAGAAACUUCCAUUUGUGUAAAAAAAAUGCAAGAAAAUUACCGCUAUUUCCCCUGUUUCCAAAAAUAUUUUAGGCUCCGCCUCUUAAAGCUGCAGGUACCGGGUCUGUACCAAUUUGUAAUUAGUAACGAGCGAAUCUGUCCCGUUUUGUUUUGCCAAAAAAUGGUGAAAAUAAUGACGCGGCCGAUUUUUUGAAGCCCGUUACGAGAACAAAUCCACCAAUGGUGUAAAGCCGGAAAUUUGGCGCAAAUCCACCCCUGGACAUGGAUUCAAAAAAAAGUCGUGGUCGCAUCUAAAUUGGCACGGUUGCAGCAGAAAUAGGCGCGGCCGCAUUAGAAUAGGCGCGGUUGCGGUAAAAAUAGGCGCAGUUGCGGUAAAAAUAGGCGCAGUUUCUGCAAAAAUAGCCACUGUUGUGUCAAAAAUAGGCGCGGAUGUGUAAAAAUAGGCACAUUUGAGGCAAAAAUAGCCACGGUUGCGUCAAAAUAGGCGCAGUUUCUGC